GAGGGUGACCUCUAGGGUGAGAAAACUGCGACUGGGAGCGGGACCCGGGCGUGCAGCCUUCGCCAUGCCCCGCUCACGCGUGGGAGACCGGCCUGCGGGGUACCGGCCCGGAAAGCACCCAGCCUCCAAAGCCGCCUUGCUCAGGGAAAUUUGCGCGACCUUAUUGCCCUCGGUCUACAGGCCUCGUACCUCUCCAGGCCGAUUUUUCCACUAUUUAAAUCCUAGUUCGCCUGGCAUCCAGCUCCAGCAACUUAGAGCAUUUCACGUCACGCCGGGCGCAAGGCGUCGGCUUGUAUAAUCCGAAAACGCUCCUGUUUUUCUCAUCUGUGCAGUGGGAGACCUUACUCCGUCCGCCUUCCUAACCGCCCCAGUGGUGUCACAGAUUUGAAGGCCUGACACCCGGUUGCCAGACGUGGUUUUGAUUCUCAUCAUGGCCAUCACCCAGUUUCGGUUAUUUAAAGUUUGUACUUGCCUAGCAACAGUAUUCUCGUUCCUAAAGAGGUUAAUAUGCAGAUCUGGCAGAGGACGGAAAUUAAGUGGAGACCAAAUAACUUUGCCAACUACAGUUGAUUAUUCAUCAGUUCCUAAGCAGACAGAUGUUGAAGAGUGGACUUCGUGGGAUGAAGAUGCCCCCACAAGUGUAAAGAUCGAAGGAGGGAAUGGGAAUGUGGCAACACAACAAAACACUUUGGAACAACUGGAACCUGACUAUUUUAAGGACAUGACACCAACUAUUAGGAAAACUCAGAAAAUUGUUAUUAAGAAGAGAGAACCACUGAAUUUUGGCAUUCCAGAUGGGAACACAGGUUUUUCUAGUAGAUUAGCAGCUACACAAGAUAUGCCUUUUAUUCAUCAGUCUUCUGAAUUAGGUGACUUAGAUACCUGGCAAGAAAAUACCAAUGCAUGGGAGGAAGAAGAAGAUGCAGCCUGGCAAGCAGAAGAAGUUCUGAGGCAGCAGAAAAUAGCAGACAGAGAAAAGAGAGCAGCAGAACAACAAAGGAAGAAAAUGGAAAAGGAAGCACAGCGGCUAAUGAAGAAGGAACAAAACAAAAUUGGUGUGAAACUUUCAUAACACAUGUUCUUCAAAUUUUAUCAUACAAGUAGGAGAAAUCUCAGCUCCACAACACAAGCAACAUUUGUAUGGAUUUAAGAGUAUUUUAAGAAUAUACACUGCUUGAUUUUAAUACAUUCAUCAGGCCAUCCAGGACACCAGGAUUCUCCCAAAUUACCUUGAACUCUUAGUGAUUGAGACUCAAAAAAACAAAAAAGACUUGAGACAAUAUAUUCUUCAACAUGCUCCAAAUAUAAGACAUUUGUUUGCUGUACAGAAAGUAUCAAAAAUGGAAUAUUUCAGUACCUCUCAAGCUAGUAUUUCUAGCUAAAUAAAUGGUGUAUAUAAUUUUAUGGUGGAAAAGAACUGUGCUAUCUGUUAUGAUUUCCUUCAGUGUGCAUAAUGAUAAAAUAAUUUUAAUAUUCUUUUGUUUCCAUGGUACCUGACCUAAAUUAGACAAAUUGUAGGGCUUUAACUUUAUUUUUCUGGUCAAAAUUGGUGUUGACAUAUAUUUCCUCUAAUUUGAACUGGUAUUGUUUACUUUUAUAUAACAUUAAGGGAUUUGGUGAUUUUCAUUUCAUGAAAACGACAUUAAAUGCAAUAAUUUUAUUUAUCAUAAAGAUUUUGCACAUCAUUGUUUUCUUUUGGAUGGUGUUGUAAUGUCAUACAUACUUGUAAUUUAUAUCGCAUGUAUAAACAUUGAAAAUCAACUAAAAUGACAUUUGUUUUACAUUAUAACUUGUGAGUUUUAAGAA